AAAGCAAAAGGGGAGAGAGAAAGAGAGAAACGCUUAUUCUAAUGGCGGCGCCUAUAAUAGUAGAAGAAGAAGCUUGGAAAUGUCUAAAACACCCUUCUAAUAGACAGAGAAACGGAGUGUGCCCCGUUUGCUUGAAGGAACGUCUCGCCAUUCUCUGCCCCGACUGCGCCGCCGUCCGCCCCUGCGCAUGUCUCGCCGCCACGUCCUCCUCCUCCUCCUCCGCUUCCUCCUCCUUCGACGGCGGCGAAAUCGACCGCGAGCCGGACUUCCGGCGAUCGAGAUCGGUCGGAGUCCCCAUUCUCCGACCACGCGACGGCCUCUCCGGCUCUUUCCGGCGAAAUCCGGCCCCCAAUUGCCAGAGCAAGACUGCGUGGUUCCGAUCCUUAUUUAAGUACUCAAGCAAGAGCGCGAGGAAAUCGGAAUCCGAGCUGAAGGAAGAGAAGCAAUCCGAAGUGAAUUUCGUCUCCGCUCGCUGUAGCGGCGCCGGCGACGGCGGAAUUGUGGAUUUCGCGGCGCUUAUGAGGUCGAGAUCGGUGAGCGUGCAGGUAACGUCAGGUUGCGGCGUCGGCGAUUUGACGAAGGCGAAAGGAUGGCAUUUCCGGAGCUCCGUGAAGGCGUUCCGGCAGCCGAAGGUCGUCCAAGAGCGCUCGCCUUUAUUUAAGCGUUGAACCGUUUUCGAAUAUUACUAUUAUUAUUAUUAUUAUUUAUUACUUUUAAUUUAACAUUUUAAAAAAAUUAUUUCCUGUUUGAAUUUAAUACACUCCGUAUUAGCAUUACACAAUAUAUAAUAAUUACUAUAAUUACUUUGA